AUGGCACAUAUUCACAAAGCAUCAUAUGAUCACCAUCACUGGCUUUUCAUGCUAAUUUUCUUAGUAGUAUCAUACGUUGCUUCGUCUUCAGAUCCGACCGAGCCAGCCACCCUCCUCAAGUUCAAGUCAUUUCUAUCCAACGACAGUGCUUUGGACAACUGGACUAACGCCACAGCUCCCUGCAACGGUACACACAACCUCUGGGCAGGUUUGCUUUGUGAUGGCGACGGCAAUGUGUUCGGGUUGGCUUUAACAAACAUGGGUCUUCUGGGGAUAAUCGAUAUAGACACACUUAUGGAUUUGUCUGCCCUGAAAACCGUAAGCUUCAUGAACAAUAGCUUUGAAGGUCCUAUCCCUAGUGUGAACAAACUUAGUUCACUUACAUCAGUUUACUUGUCGUACAAUCAAUUCAAUGGUGAAAUCCCAGAUAAUUUUUUUGUUGGCAUGAAUUCCUUGAAGAAAAUUUAUCUGGAUGGGAAUGAAUUCAUGGGUAAAAUACCAAACUCGCUGGCUGCAUUGACUAAGAUUGUGGAAAUGGAUAUUCGGGGAAACCAAUUCAGUGGGAAACUACCAAAUUUUCCACAAAAUCGAAAUGCAUGGAAGACUAUGAAUGUGUCAUACAAUCGGCUCGAGGGUCCUAUACCGGCAAGCCUAAGCAAUUUCGAUGCAAGCGUUUUUGUGGGAAACAAAGGGUUGUGCGGGAAGCCUCUUGCGCCAUGCAAAUCUGAUGCAGAAAACAAAUCUGAUGCAGAAAAAUUGAGUGAUUAUAUUUCUUAUUAUCAUUAUGUAACUAGAGUUAAGGAUGACUUUUGA